UGUAAAACGCUGGAUCAGCCAUAGUGUUGUUCCUGCUUCCUCCACCCACCACCCUUUUCUACGACAGGAAGAAACAUCAAAAUCAGGAUUUCCUGAGCUAAUAAUCGCACAAUGUGUGGGAUUUUUGGGUACAUUAACUACUUGGUCGAACGCGACAGAGGAUCUAUCUUAAACACCCUCGUAAAAGGCUUGAAACGGCUUGAAUACCGUGGUUAUGACUCUGCUGGUAUUGCUGUUGACGGCGACGAGGGCCAAGACUUCCUCUUGUUUAAGGAGGUUGGAAAAGUUAAUAAACUUGCCGAAACGGUUGAAAAGUCAAACGUUGACAUGUCGAAAAAGUUUAAAACUCACUGUGCCAUCAGCCAUACACGGUGGGCCACUCACGGCAAGCCGUCGCCCGUAAACUGCCAUCCUCAACGUUCUGAUCCUCACAGCGAGUUUGUCGUCGUUCACAAUGGUAUCUUCACAAAUUACCGUGAGCUGCGGACAGUGCUCGAGUCCCGUAACAUGGCAUUUGAAAGUGAGACAGAUACGGAAUGCGUUGCAAAACUCUGUAAACUCGUGUACGACUCUUCUCCAGGAAUCAGCUUCAUUGAGCUCGCAAAAAUAGUCAUUCGUGAGCUUGAGGGUGCUUUCGCAUUGCUUAUCAAGAGUUCCCACUACCCGGGCGAGGUGAUUGCAACCCGUCGCGGCUCUCCCUUGUUGGUAGGCUUGAAAAGCAGUAAGAAACUCAAGGUUGAUUUCGUUGACGUAGAAUUUCCUGAGCCUUCUAGUGAUUCUGACGGGAAAAAAUCACCCACUCCUCUGAGACCGUUCUUUUCCGAGACGAAUGGUGAAACUAUGUUGCGCGGUGACAAGCCAGAACUGCUCCACCGUCCGCAGAGUCGUGCAUUUGUGCCGGAAGAAGGUUCUCCAGGCCCUGUCGAAUACUUUUUUGCCUCAGAUGCCACACCUAUUAUUGAGUAUACGAAGCGUGUUAUGUUUAUGGAAGAUGAUGACAUUGCACAUGUAAGUAGCAAUGGCGAGCUGCAUGUACACCGCUUGCGCCGUGACGCCAAUGCUAGCACUACUCGUGCGAUUGAAACGCUGGAAAUGGAAAUUGCUAGUGUUAUGAAGGGCUCCUUUAAUCACUACAUGGAGAAGGAGAUCUUUGAGCAGCCUGAAAGUCUGAUGAACACCAUGAGAGGUCGUGUCAACUUUGCUGAUGGACUUGUGAAGCUUGGUGGCCUUGAAGCUUACUAUGAUAUUAUGCGCCGCAGCCGCCGUCUCAUUUUCAUUGCUUGUGGCACUUCCUACCAUUCAUGUCUAGCCGUCCGUCCUACGUUCGAAGAGCUCACCGGUUUGCCAGUCGUAGUUGAAUUGGCAUCCGAUUUUAUGGAUCGCAGACCACCAUUGUACCGUGACGACACUGUUGUUUUUGUUUCGCAGUCCGGCGAAACUGCGGACACAUUGUCUGCUCUUCGGUAUGCAUUGGAACACGGCGCACUGACUGUUGGUGUUGUCAAUGUUGUAGGCUCAUCGAUUUCUCGUCAAACACACUGUGGUGUCCAUAUCAACGCUGGUCCUGAAAUUUGUGUCGCCUCCACAAAGGCUUACACUUCACAAUUUGUUGCUCUAAUUCUCAUCGCUCUCUAUCUUUCGCGUGACUCGGUUUCCCGUGCUGAACGUCGGGCAGCAAUUAUUACCGGCCUCGGUGAACUGUGCGAAAAGGCCAGAGAAGCAUUGAAAUUGAGUUCGUCUUUGAAGCAACUUGUGCAGGAGCGGCUUUUGCAAGAGAAGAACAUGCUUGUCAUUGGUCGUGGCUACCACUAUGCCACAGCAAUGGAAGGGGCUCUCAAGGUGAAGGAGAUUUCUUACAUGCAUGCCGAAGGUAUCAUGGCCGGUGAACUCAAGCACGGCACCUUAGCACUUGUAGACAAGGACAUCCCCAUUGUUAUGUUCAUGUCUGAUGACAGCAACGUUCAUAAGACCAAGAAUGCUUAUGAACAGGUUGUUGCCCGGGGUGGACGUCCCAUUCUAAUUGCCAAUGACGAGUCUCUUGCGCUUCAAAAAUCGUCUGCAUUUGUUGUUCCCAAAACGGUAGACUGUCUUCAGGGCAUCAUUAACGUUAUUCCUAUGCAAAUCAUUGCCUACUGGCUUGCUGUGCUGCGUGGUUACGAUGUCGAUCAACCUCGCAACCUGGCCAAGUCUGUUACGGUGGAGUAGAUGACUGUCAUAGGAAGCAAGACUUUUAGAGUUUGUAUCUUUCUGUGUUUAUUGGUGUCGUGAGCGCAUUGCCCUUUUUGUCUGCAAUUAUUUCCAACUGGCCUCAUAAUCCAGUUUUUCCUUGCGCCCUUCCGCUUCGACGCAUAUACGGUUUGCUAUGACAAGCCAUUACUCAUUUUCUUGGCAGUUACUUGUCGAUUACGCAUGAUUUUUACAAACGCUAUCGUGUUUACGACCAACAUGUCAUCCCUCCUUUAGACGUGUCUCAUUAAUUGUUAUGACCAUUACAUGUUCUACUAUGAAAAUUCAUUUCUACAAUUCUUUAUGCAUCUCCUAGACGCGGUUUCAUGACGCAAACCUUUUCAGUAGGAGAAGGGCAAGACAAAAGUGCUUACCUUUUGCGGCUUUCAAUCUCAACGCUGGAAGAUGUUCAACAAAAGACGACCUCGCUGGGCUCGCUUAUUUUCUACGCUACUACUUGCAGAUGGACUUUGCGAUGCGCACUUGAAGCAGUCACAAUCUUUUCACUAUUUUAUAUAAAGCAUGAAGCGACAGUCCAUCCUCCAUGUUCGUGUACAGAGGAGCUUCGCACCACAUUGUGUGUGCUUAUCCGUGAUCGCUUUGGUUAAUGGGCGUUUCCCUUCUCUAUAUCCGUUUAUUCUUAUCAGGUUGCUCCCUUUCGAAGCAUCAGCAUGCGUUAAUAAGCAUUUUUUGUGUCUUCUAGGUUUGGGGAGGCUCGAACUAUUUAUGAAACUAAAACCUAUACUUGAAACUGAAACUGUCAAAGCUUAUGCGACGACUCCAAGAACGUCUUUUGCCUUGACCGGGGCGUUCUCAGGAGGGGGGCUUUCUAGUCCUUGGUAGUUGCUAGAAUGAAUGCACUAGUUUGAGGGAGGGAGUCUCUCCAUGGCUUUUUCCUAUAGAAUGUGUUAACAUCUUUCCCUUGUUUAGCCUUUAGUUUCUUAUUACGAUUAUGUUAUGAAUGAUUAUGCAUGUUUGAAAACUACUCGUUCACCAAGUUGCGACAGUAUCUGGGGUAAGCAACACUUGAUGCCCGGAAUGCUUCCCUUCUGGCUUGAAAAUUCUGCUUUUUUAAAGGUGCCACCGUUACAGACCGGACGCAUUGCCUUCAAUCAAUUUCAACCAUUAUUUCAUUACUCACAUCCCUUCUAUCUGUUAUUCAUAAGUCGACUCUGAUUUACUUCUGGCCGAUAACUUCGACCCAGUAGUUGUCAGGGUCAAGCAAGAACAUAAUGUCCUUCAUGCGACCGUCGGUGAGUCUCUUCUUGAAGUUGAGCUUGUCCUUCUCAAACUUUUCGGCAGCGGCCUCAAUGUUGUCUACAGAAAUGCAAACAUGACCGAAACCGCGAGACUCGUCAUCAUUGCCGUUCUUGUACACAGGACCUUCUUGCUCCUCAGUGCCCCAGUUGUGAGUGAGCUCGAGAAUGCCCUCACGGUCACCACGAGCAAUGUCAGCUGGGUAAGCCAAGAAGUACAGCGAGAACUUGGCUUCCGGGUAGUCGGACUUGUCAAUGAGUUGCAGACCCAACUUCUCAUAGAAAGCCAGACUAGCCUUGGGAUCCUUGGCACGAAUCAUCGUGUGGUUGAAACGAGUGUUAGCCUUGUUGAAACUAGGCGUCUUCUUGGAUUGAUUGAUGAGUUCAAUCCAGUAGUUGUCGGGGUCGCGGAUGAAAGCGAUGUUCUUCAUACGGCCAUCGGUCAAACGCUUUUGGAAAGUAACUCCCUUUGACUCAAAAUAGGCACAAGCAUCCUCGAUGUUGUCGACCGAGAUACAGAUGUGACCAAAGCCACGAGACUGGUCAUCGUUACCGUUCUUGUACACGGGACCCUCCUCAUUCUCAGUGCCGAAGUUGUGAGUGAGCUCGAGAAUACCCUGUCUCUUCGUGCGUUCGACACCGUGGUGAAGAGCAUUGUCCCCGUCAAAGGCCAAGAAAGUCAACGAGAACUUGUUCUCCUCGAAGACCCAUUGAUCGAUCUGCUUCAUACCAAGUAUGUCACAGUAGAACUCCAAACUCUUCUUCAAGUCCUUCACACGAAGCAUCGUGUGGUUCAUCUUGUACGUGCUCAUAUCAGUGCUCAUUGUGAAAUAGAAAGGGAACUGAUUAACUUGUGUGUUGUGGAAGUCUAAAGUCUGAACGAGUCUUUAUGUCUCAACAAACAAAAAUUUCUUAACGGCAGUAUUGUUGUUUCACCAAGUCUAAAUCAUUUGGUCAGCACCAGAUCAUGUUGUAACGUGUUCGUCAGAGCAAGCCGGCAUCAGCAAAACUUUGAGACGUAAGCUGUCGAUUUCCACGACAAUUCUGCAAGUAGAACUUGAGAUUUUGUCACUAAAAUCUUCAACAAAAUGUUGUAAUUUGGACAAAUGUUUUGUUCGCCGACCAGCCAAAAUUGG